GUAAUGGUAUUGGUAGUUAUCGUUUGAAUGCUGGAUGACGACAGUGUUCGAGUCUUGACCGGUAGUUUAAGCGACCGCCAUUGAACAUAUGGCCGUUGACUUAUAACUGCCUCCGUCAUUUCUUCUCAAAAUCCCAGAAUAUCCCUCCAUUAUACUGUUCGUUUCCGUACAAAAACAUGUUAAGAGGGGUAUUUAUGGUAAUUCAGUUCAGCAAGCAAAGCAAAUGGAUUUAUGGAAGAAGAAGCUUCCCCAUUUUUCACAGUUCACACUGCUCGCACAAUUCUACCACUGUGAAGCGCGAAAUGCUAAACUCUGUUUACACUGUUCAAUUAAAUUGUUAACAAUAAACCAUUCGCCUUCGCUUCUCCAGCAAGAUCAAAACUACUCCAGUUGAGGAGUUGAUGGUCAAGCUUCUUUGCAAGUUAGUAUCGAGAUUGCAUUGACAAAAUGCUCGUCUCUGCUCUUCUAACGUCUCUGGGAAUAAAUUCUGGUCUCUGUGUUCUAUUCUUUGUAUUUUACUCCAUAUUGAGGAAGCAACCGAGUAAUUAUGAAGUUUAUGCGCCGCGGUUGCUGGCCGAAGGUAAUUCUAAACGGAGAAGUCGUUUCAACCUAGAAAGGUUAAUACCUUCUCCUGGGUGGAUUAGUAAAGCGUGGAAGUUAUCUGAAGAGGACAUAUUAUCAUCCUCAGGCUUAGACGCUGUGGUUUUCAUGCGACUUAUUACUUUCAGUUUGAAAGUAUUUUCAUUCGCUGGGAUAAUAGGGAUCUUUGUUCUUCUUCCAGUGAACUGCUUGGGAACCCAGCUUCAAAAAAUUGACUUUGCAGAUUUAUCGAGUAAUUCUUUGGACGUGUUUACCAUUUCAAAUGUAAAUUAUGGCUCAAAAUGGUUAUGGAUGCACUUCUGUGCUGUGUAUAUGAUCUCUAUUUUCAUCUGUUACCUCCUCUACAAUGAAUACAAAUAUAUAUCUUCAAAAAGGAUUGCUUAUUUUUAUUCAUCCAAACCUCAGCCACAUCAGUUCACCAUCUUAGUUCGUGGUAUCCCCGUUUCAGUUGGCAGCAGCAUCAGCGAAACCGUUGAGAGGUUCUUCACAGAGUAUCACCCCACUACUUAUCUCUCACAUAUGGUUGUUCGUCGAAGUAGCAACCUUCGGAGUCUCGUAACUGAAGCAAAGAAGCUGUAUACAAGGCUUCUUCACUUGCAAUCAGAGCCUUCUCACCAGAAGUAUAGACGUAUUGGAUUGUUUGGAGAAAAUGUUGAUCUUGUGGAUCAUUAUGAGAAGAAGUUGGAAGACGUAGAGCAGAAUGUCAAAUUGGAGCAAUCUGAUUUGUCGUUUGGAGAGGAAACCCGAGCUGCCUUUGUAUCCUUCAAAUCUCGCUAUGGUGCUGCAGUUGCUUUCCAUUUGCAACAAUCAGUUAACCCUACGCAGUGGGUCACCGAGCAAGCCCCUGAACCAGACGAUGUUUAUUGGCCUUUUUUCUCCUCGUCGUUCAUGCGAAGAUGGAUUUCUAAGCUUGUGGUUGUAGUUGCUUGUAUUCUUCUAACAAUUUUAUUCCUCAUUCCUGUUGUAGUUGUGCAAGGUCUUACUAACCUAAGUCAGUUGGAGAUUUGGUUUCCAUUCUUGAAAAGCAUUCUAACCAUUACAUUUGUUAGUCAGGUAAUCACAGGAUAUCUUCCCAGUCUAAUUCUUCAGUUGUUUCUAAAGAUUGUGCCUCCAAUCAUGGAGUUCCUUUCCUCCAUUCAAGGUUACAUUUCCCAUAGUGAUAUUGAAAAGAGUGCAUGUAACAAAGUACUCUGGUUCACUAUAUGGAACAUCUUUUUUGCAACUGUGUUUUCGGGGUCAGUGUUAUAUCAGGUGAACAUCUUUCUUGAUCCCAAGAAUAUUCCUGCAAAGCUGGCUGUCUCUGUUCCUGCACAGGCAUCUUUUUUCGUGGCUUAUGUUGUUACAUCUGGAUGGACAAGCACUUCGUCAGAACUCUUUCGCAUAAUCCCUCUUAUUUGCUCUCUAGCAACUAGAUGUUGUAAAAAUCCAGAUGAUGAACUUGAAGUUCCAUCUAUUGCUUAUCACAAAGACAUACCAAGAAUUCUUUUCUUUGGACUUCUCGGUAUCACUUAUUUCUUCCUAGCUCCACUAAUUUUGCCCUUCCUCCUUGUGUACCUAUGUCUUGCAUACAUCAUCUUCCGUAAUCAGUUCAUGAAUGUAUAUGCCCCAAAGUAUGAGACAGCAGGGAAGUUUUGGCCUAUUGUGCACAACUCGAUGAUAUUCUCUUUGGUACUCAUGCAUGCCAUUGCUAUAGGAAUCUUCACAUUAAAGAAGCUCUCUACUGCGUCAACCUUAAUUUUUCCUCUUCCAGUCCUCACACUCCUCUUUAAUGAGUACUGCCGAAAACGCUUUCUACCGAUUUUUAUUGCUUACUCUGCUGAGGUUUUGAUAAAAAAGGACAGGGAGGAGGAGAAUGACCCUGCAAUGCAUGAAUUUUUUGAUAAAUUGGUCACUGCAUAUCAAGACCCAGCUUUAAUGCCGAUUCAGUACUCUGCCACUGGUGAUGGUCUUCAUAGUCCCCUCCUAUCAUCUGCUGUUUGAACCUGAGAACCCUCCAUUGUAUGUAUGGUGAAGUAGUCCCUAUGUAUUGAAACAUAAUUGAUACGGUCCCUCUAUUGAAACAUAAAUGAUAUGCUGGGACUUUGGAAAGAAAUUACACAAAGAUUUGUUGUCACCAAUGCAAAAGGACUGGAAACCGAAUGUAGAAAGAGACAAGUGGACCGCUGACCUCCGCAGCAGAGAACGCUCGUGGGUAAGAAAGCAGAGAACAGUAGAGGUGCAGAGAAAACAUUGUCAGUGGUGGAUAGACUUUACUUUCUCUCAUCUUUUUCUCUUUGUUAUUUCUUUGCUUUUGUUUUUCUUUGAGAAAGAUGAAGGCAGAAGUGAUGUUUUGAACUUUAAAACCAAGAGUAGCUGCACUAGAAAACAAGAAUCCAUCCGUCACCCAACUGACUGAUUCGUGCAUACUGAUAAGCUUGUUCGUGUACUGGGAGUGAAACACACCUAAGAGUAAGAACAAAAGAGCCAGAACAUUCCUUAUUUUCUUAUGAGCUUAUCGAACAUGGGCUAUUGAGUAGGUCAGUGAUACUACAUGUAAUUUUGAGUUUUAAUAUUUUCAUUGCUAUGCAAUAUUAAGCAUCUUUACCUUAAAAAAGAAAAAAUAAUAAAGAAAGAAAGAAAGAUUUCUGUA